AUGGCUCACGCAUUGGGCAAUCUCUUCGACAUUGAAGACCCCAAAUGCAUCACCACACCUCCCCGCUCACGCAAGAAGUCUGUCUCUAUUCGCACGCCUCCUUCCGACCAAGAGCUCGACGAUCUCAUCUUUGGCGACCGCCUCUCGGCUCCGCAAACCCACCCGUCAACUCCCAAAAGCGGCUCUGAACAUGCCACUUCCAGCCGCCCGGCUAGAAGCCACGCAGGAGUGCAGACGCCCGUCACGCCGAGCGAGCUCGAGGGCGCGAUAGCGAACAACAACAUCAGCACACCCACAGCAGACGGCGGCCCCGCCCACCCGGCCAUCCAAACCUUCUGGAACCCGCCCAUGAACAAAUGGCGCGUCCUCUGCGCCUGCCUGGUCUACUUCGGCAACGGGCUGUCCGACUCGGCCCCGGGCGCGCUGAUCCCCUACAUGGAGACCUUCUACAGCAUCGGCUACGCCGUCGUCUCGCUCAUCUUCGUCGCCAACGCCGCAGGCUUCGUCAGCGCCGCCUUCUGCACCGACGGCCUGCUGCUGGCGCGCCUGGGCCGCGCGCGCACGCUCGUCGUGUCGGAGCUGAUCAUGCUGGCCGGCUACGUCGUCCUCGUGUGCACGCCGCCCGCCUUCGCCGGCGUCGUGGCGGCUUUCUUCCUGCUUGGCUUCGGCUGCGCUAUCAAUCUUGCUCUUAACAACGUCUUUUGCUCCACCCUCGCCAACUCGACGCUCCUCCUCGGCCUGACGCAUGGCAGCUACGGCGUCGGCGGCACCGUGGGGCCCAUCGUCGCGACGGCCCUGGCUGGGUCGGGCGUCUUGUGGAGUCGGUUUUAUUUCUUGACCAUGGGCGUGCGCGUCGUCUGCGUGGUGUUCAAUGCGUGGGCCUUUUGGAACUAUGAGAAGGAAAACAGUGGUGGUGGUGAUGAUGAUGAUGAUGAUGAUGAUGAUGAUGUUGUCAUCGCUGGCGCCGGCGCCGCUGUCGCUACGGAGGCUAAUCUGUUGACGGAGCUGGAGCAGACUGCGAGCCGGCGUGCGGCUGCGGAGACUCGUGCGGAGGGAGGGGAAGAUGUACGACAGCAGCAGCAGACGACGACACCCAAACCGACGAAGCGAGAGCUGCUGAAGCAGGCGCUGCGGAACCGGGUCACGGUCGGCGGCGCGCUGUUUAUCUUCAUGUACCAAGGUGCUGAAGUCGCCAUCGCAGGCUGGGUAAUUUCCUUCCUGAUCGACUACCGUGGGGGCGACCCGGCGCAAGUAGGAUACGUGACGGCUGGGUUUUUCGGCGGCAUAACCCUCGGCCGCUUCGCCCUCGCCCCCUUCUGCCACCACCGCCUCAUCGGCGGCGAGCGCCGCGCCGUCGUCAUCUUCACACUCGGCGCCCUAGCCCUCGACCUCCUCGUCUGGCUCGUCCCGAACCUCCUCUCCAACGCCGUCUUCGUCGCCCUGUGCGGCCUGCUGCUGGGGCCCGUCUACCCCUGCGCCCAGACCGUCUUCGCCCGCCUGCUGGUCGACCGCCGCCACCUCAUGACCACCUCCGUCGGCUUCAUCUCCGGCGCUGGUAGUAGUGGUGGCGCUCUCGUGCCGUUUGUGACCGGUGCAUUGGCGCAGGUGAGGGGCAGUGGGACGUGGGUGCUGCAUCCGGUUUGUGUGGUGGCGUUUGUGGGGAUGGUGGUGUGUUGGUGGGCGAUGCCGGGUGGUGGGAGGAAGGUGAAGGGGAGGGAGUGA